AUGGAUAACUGCUGUUUCCCGGAUUUUCUCGAUUUCAGUGAAAUGGCAUGCCCCAAACGCGAGUUCACCAUCCCCGAAGAUAUCGAAUUUGACCAAUUUCUUAAUGCUAGCUUACCAUGCUCAAGCCUGCCAAACAGCCUUUCCUCAUCCCGUUGCGCUUCAGUUGACUUUGAUACUUCUCCGGAACCUUCAGUAGAAUCGACCUCGUUUAGAACAAGUGUGGAUUUAGGAUUUGAACAAACUACGGAGAGAACCCCACCUUCUGUGCCAGGGGGGGAUGUCCUUGCAGGUACAACUGCCAUGACUGCAUUCGAUAGCCUGUUACAAAGUACUCUGUUCAUAGAAGGAGGAUACCAAAUGGGUAGUACAGUCAUAAAAGACAGUGGGGCUCUAGAACAUCCUGUUACAAGCGCGUCAAUUCCAGGCACGGAUUUUGCCCCAAGUCAACUUCAAUAUUCCAAUAAUGCUCCAAUUCCUGUAUUAACCUCUGAUUGUAAACAUGGGCAACAAUUUUUACUCUCUACUAUGAAAUCGUCCAAGUUCAUACAAGACCACGAGGCGCCCGCUAAUCUUGCUCAUGUCUCGCUUUCCAGCGUUCUGGAUAACAGUGGCCCAUUCGCAGCUACCAGUUUGCCCUGUGUUACAGCACCUUGUCAUUGGCUUGGAGCAGCGCCACUUCUCGCGCCGUCGUCGGACAUACUUGCAUUCUCUGAUUGUAUCGAGCAGCAGGCGUUAUCGACCACACAGCUUCCCCUUCUGCUUCCACCACUACUUAUGCCUUCACUUGUGACAUCAUCAUCACCAUUAUCACCAUCAUCACCAUCAUCACAGGACAUCCUCAGCGGACGAGCGCAGUCUAUCUUUAUCAAUCCGUUCGAACCGUACACCUUGAGUGAUAAAACUCUGCUGGACGACCUUAAGGCCAACGCCCCAUAUACUGAGAACCAGAUGAAUCCAGAGACAACAGCUAUUGCAAUGGCCAACAGUACUCUAAAACAUCUGUCGACCCAAAAUGACGCUUUCAGCUAUAAUAGUGGUAUACAAGGACUAUUCACAGACUUUUCCUAUUCAAACAUUCCUGCUAAGCAUAAUGGCCUCGAAUCCGAACUAAGGUUUGUUCAAGAGUUCUUAACACCACCCCUUACCAUGACCUCGUGGACGAGUUCAGAUGAACCUGCUGCACAAGCUUUGGUGAUACCAGAAACUGAGGCAUCGGUACUAAUGUUAUAUAGGCCAAAUGAAUUGAACCAAAAUGGCCCAUGUAAUAUUGGUCAUGUUGGGUAUAUGUCACCACAAAGGAUUAAUAAGAAUAGGACGAGCCUUAAGACGCGUAGUAAUAUUAAUAGUAGGAAGCCAUUUUCAAUGAAAAAGAUCACUGAUUGCGCACAUUACCGACCACGAAACGCUUUCUUCAUGUUCCGCGGAUUUGUAUCUCGCCUGCAGCAAUACAGCGGUCUCCAUUACAAUCUUCAUAGACAGCAAAAGAAAGGCAACCAUGAUGAUGAUAGUCAUAGCAAUAACAAGAAUGGUAGUGAUGUCGCGCUAAUGUCGUCCCCAUGCUCGCCCUUGGCUUCGUCAUCGCCCCCGACCUUUUCACUGCCACCGCAAUCAUUAUCACCAUCGUCCCCAUCCUUGCCAUUGCCAGCGCCUCCUCUUCAGUCUUUAGCUUCCGCAAUACUCGAUCCAGGAGAGAAUAUUCUCCCUCCUACAGCAGAUACUUCAUCAGACUUUAAAGAGACAGAGAGUGUUGGAUGUGGUAUGACUCAAACAAAGGUGUCCAUCAGUUGUGGUAAGAUUUGGUCCAGUGAAUGCUUUGAGGCCUGUGGUCCGGGAGGAUGUCCCAACUGCCGUAUGCGAUCCCUGUUCGGCCAAGCAUCCUCAUUUUUGAAGUUACGGCAAGCCGAAAUAGAGCGACAGAUCGAGUUUUCAGAGUCUAUCACCACUGCUACUUUGCUUGAGAAAAACAUCCCAUUAUUAUCACCAUCAUCAUUACCAUCUACUACAAAGAUGAUGAACACGUCUAUAUCAGAUAACGAUAGUGAAAGCCAAAAGAAUACGUAUGUAGCGUUAACAGCGGGUCAUUUAGCAAUUAUGUCGCUCGAGAACUCUUUCAAUUGGGAAGAGUUUACACAAUUGUACUACGAGAGUGAUCUAUUCAAAUGGCAUCGCAACCAUUAUUUGGGCACGAAUGGAGUGUUAGAUCUUGAGGCAAUGAAACAUGUUUGGAUGGAGAAUGAGCUGGCAUAUGAAAAAGCCUUUGUAGAAGGCGCCAGAAAACGAAUUUUACAAGAAGGUGGAUCCAAAAAAUUAGGUCAAAGGAUCCGCAGGACAAAAUUAAAGUAACUAUUUUUAUGCAAAUAGUAAAUGUGAUUGAAAAACGAAGCUAAUCUAGACUAUGAGGUGCUUGUUUUCUCUCUCACUCUCUCUACAUGCGGUUAUUGGGAACUUGCAUGACACGUGUACGAAACCAAGCAUUAUUCAUCACCCCCCGAUAGUUCCAAAUCGCAUGCUCCGGCUGCGUAUUUCCACUCGAGUCAUCUAUGUUCAGCAUUCAUAGUGUUAGUUGCUUUUUUUUUUCUAAGCCUAUUAAAAUCAAGUUUUUCACUUACAUGCACGUGCAAUGAUCUCGGUAGAGUGGGGAAUCUUAGACAC